AUGGCCCUAUUUCAGCUACUGACGGGAGUCUCCGGUCUCGCCUUCGUCGCCGUCGCCGUCGCCAUCCUCCUGUUGGUCCUGGCCCGAUCAACCUCGAAGCGAAGCCCACUGCCACUCCCUCCUGGCCCUUCUGGAGAACCGAUCCUGGGCCAUUUACGCAUCAUACCUGCCUACAGCCCCGAAUACGCCUACAUGCGAUGGUCCAAGGAAUAUGGAUCCGAUAUCCUGUCCUUCAACGUCUUGGGGCAGCCCGUCGUCGUCCUCAACUCGGUCCGCACCGCCGUCGACUUGCUGGACAAACGCGGCGCCAACUACUGCGACCGCCCGCGCUUUGUCCUUUUCGAGGUCAUGGGCUGGGGCAAGACUCUCACCUUCCUGAGAUGGGGCCCGGACUUUCGCAUGCACCGUCGCAUCCUGCAGAAGAGCUUCCAGAAGAGCAGCGUCGUGCGAUACCAGCCUCUGCAGGAGCGUGAGACGGCAAUCUUGCUCAAGGGCAUCCUCAACAGCCCUGCCGAGUGGGAAAACGCCUUGAGGCGAUUUGCCACGGCCGUCGUCCUCGGCAUAGGCUUCGGCAUUAACAUCGACAGCGACAGCGACCCUUUCAUUCAGGUGGCUGCCGACGCCAGCUACGCCCUUGCCCAUGGCGGCGCCCCCGCCGGAACCCCAGUCGACUUCUUCCCCUUUCUCAAGUCGAUGCCGCGCUGCUUUCAUGACCGCUCGCUCAAAUUUGCCACCGACUGGAGGUGGGCCAUUUGCAACCUGCACGACAAGCCCUUCGACGCCGUCUUGGCUUCCGAGCAAAGGGCCCAGUCGCUCAUUAAAGACAUGCUUGACCAAAGACAGCUCCAGCUAGAAAGGGGAGAGCAGCCGGAGCUGUCCAACGACGACAUCAAGGGCGCCGCCGGUGCCGUCUACGCCGCCGGCCAGGACACAACGUGGAGCUCCUUGGUCGUUUUCAUCCUCAACAUGAUACUUCAUCCCCAAGUGCAGGCAAAGGCACAGCGCCUCAUCGACGACGUCGUGGGACGCGACAAGCUGCCCACCUUCCAGGACCGUCCUCGCCUGCUGUACAUUGACUACAUUGUCCAGGAGACCCUGCGGUGGUGCCCCGUUUCCCCCAUUGGCAUACCUCAUCGCUCCCUUGAGGAUGAUGUCUACAACGGCUACUUCAUCCCCGCGGGCUCCUUUGUCUACGCCAACGCGCGGGCUAUGACGCAUGACGAGUCGGUCUAUACCGAUCCGGAUAACUUCAACCCGGAUCGGUACAUGCCGGUACAAGAGGGCGGCUUGGGCGAGCCCUUUCCCAUCGGACAGUUUGGCUACGGCCGUAGAGUAUGCGUCGGAAAGCACUUGGCCGAGGCCAGCUUGUGGAUUGUCAUUGCGUCCAUGUUGAGCGCAAUGAACAUUGAGAAGGCAAGAGACAACGAUGGCAACGACAUUGAGCCGGUAGUCGAACUGACCAGCGGCUUGACGAGCCAUCCCAAGAGGUAUCCAUGUCGGAUCGUACCUCGAGAUGGAAAGGCCGCUACAGUGCUGCGUGGGAUCAAGACCUAG